AAAAAAACAUGUCUGCAGAAGUAGAGUACCGGUGCUUCGUGGGAGGCCUAGCAUGGGCCACCGGAGAUCAGGAGCUAGAGAGGACGUUCUCACAGUUCGGCGAAGUUAUCGAUUCUAAGGUCCGUUACACGAACGAACGAGAGAUCGGAUCCCGGAGCGGAUGAAUCCGAUGGUUCUGAUCCUCGACGGAUCUGAUUCCGAUCUGUGUUUCUCUGUCUGUUACUUGAUUCGAUUACUAUGUUCUUUGUUACUACUACUGUUACUUGCUUUGUCCCCAAAUCGAUCAUUAACGAUCGUGAGACUGGAAGAUCAAGGGGAUUCGGAUUCGUUACCUUCAAGGAUGAGAAAUCCAUGAGGGAUGCUAUCGAGGAGAUGAACGGAAAGGAGCUUGACGGCCGUACCAUUACCGUCAACGAGGCUCAGUCUAGAGGAAGCGGCGGUGGUGGAGGCCGUGGUGGUGGCGGAUACGGAGGCCGCGGUGGAGGUGGAUACGGUGGAGGAGGCGGUGGAUAUGGUGACAGACGUAGCGGAGGUUACGGAUCUGGUGGUGGUGGAGGUCGUGGAUACGGUGGUGGUGGUGGCGGCUACGGUGGUGGUGGCAGACGUGAUGGAGGUGGUUACGGAGGUGGUGAUGGUGCUUACGGAGGAAGCGGCGGAGGUGGUGGUGGCUGGUAAUCAACCAUUAUGGCGUUGUUGUCUGCUUCUCUCUGUUUUCGCUUUAGAUUUGGUUCCGUCUGGUUUGGUUUGGUUCUUGUUCACUUUUUUGCUGUAACAGAUCGUUUAUGUCUUGUUUGCCUUAAACGAAAUGUUAAUUCGCAUGUUCACUAAAUGAUAAGUUUCCUUUGAUUUGCAUCGCUA